GACCACGACCUGCGUCCAUCUCAGCCUAUCCGUGGCUUCUGCAGUGCACUGAGUGAAAGCCGCCGCUCGUUGCGCAAAUUCUGGCUUCGAUCUGUGUCACCCGACUUGAGCGCUGCUUUCUCGUAUCAGACCUGAACCGGCCACGUCACCCUGAGCUAUCUGGUCACGAAUCGUCCGCAAAUCAGCACGUCUCAACUCGAAAAACACUUGUGAAAUGCAUCGUCACCAUCCAUAUGGCGGUGCGCCGGGCUACGAAAACGCUCCCCGCCGUGGCGGAGGUGGCGGCCCCGGCCCAGACAGAGCGCAUCGGUUUGAUAGAAGCGCUGGACCCCGCGGAAGAGGCCGUGGUCGCGGCGGCGGCAUGUAUGGCGGCGGCGGAGGUGCUUACGAUUUGGGAGGAUACAACGCAGGGCCGUACGAUCAAGGUUCCCCUCAAGGCGACACGAAUGGCGCACCCAGCUAUGAAGCCUACAAUUCCGGUGGUCCCUACGAUGGAGGAGCGUAUCAUAAUGGAUCAUUCAAUAACCCUCCGCCUCCGUACAGUGGUGAUACCUUUGAUCAAGGUGGCUCUCAGGAGUAUGAAGAUGGCGCCGGUUACGGAGGACCCUAUGACCAGAGGCGUAGGCGCCCAGAAAGGGAUGACAAAGUGCAUGAUUCUAUCAUUGAAGAACGUAUCCAGCGCGAGCGUCCAUGCCGCACACUAUUCAUUCGCAAUAUCAAGUACGAGACAAAUCCCGAGGAUGUGCGACGGAAGUUUGAAGAACAUGGAGACGUGAAAACAUUCUUUGAUCUAAUAGGGAAUCGCGGCAUGGUUUUCGUGACUUACUUCGAUUUGCGAGCUGCUGAACGAGCUAGAGAUCGCCUGCAAGGGUCUGAAAUCAGCGGACGACCGAUUGACGUUCACUAUUCGUUGCCGCGUGAUGACGGAAGCAAAAGCGACAGCGCGAAAAACCUGGAGUUCCAAGGUACAAUGAUCGUUACUCUCCGUUCUCCGUCAAAUGCUCCCAUGGACGACAACGAGUUACGGCAACGAUUCCAGAUGGCUGGCGACAUCAAGUCUAUCAGACCUGUAGAUGGCCGUCCAGAUGCGCGUUAUGUCGAGUUCUUUGAUACCAGAGCUUGUGACGAGGCCUUCGAUCGUCUUAACAAUCAACCUAUGCGAGAUGGCGAUAUCGACGUUACCUACGCGUGGGAUCCAUCAUCAGACUCUACAGAGCCCCGGAAAGAACGCGGCUUUGGUCGUGACUAUGAUGGCGGCGGGAGAGGCAGAAGCAGAGGAGGUCGCGGUCGCGGUCGCGGUCGGGGCGGUCGUGGAGGUGGUGGCGGCCACGACGGAGGCUAUGAUGAAUGGGAACGUCGUGACGAAUGGGCACGAGAUGGGUAUGAUAGAGGCCCGCCGCCGAGAAGAUACGACGAUGAUUAUGGUCCGGGACGCGGAGGUGGCCCUGGUCGUGGAGGCUACGGCGGUGCACCGUUCAACGAUCGAGGCAACGGGUACGGUCCCCCAGUGUCAUACGGAGGGCCGGGAGGUCCGGGUUAUGGUGACCCUCGAACCGGGCCUCCAAGCGGCUACGGCGUUGGACCUGCCCCUGCUGGUCCGCCUGCUGGGCCAUCCGCAGCCCCUUAUGGACAAGCGCCCCCGAUCUCUCCUCCCGGUGACGAUCGAUUAGAACAGGCGAGGAAGGUGCAGCAGCUGCUGGCGGCGCUGAAGCAACCAGGCGGCGCCGGUCCACCUCCGGCUGGUGCGCCGGGUCCUAGCCCGUAUUAUCCACCCCCUUCCACCGGUCCCCCGUCUUCCUAUCCUCCGCCAAGCGCCUACCCCGGCGCGCCAGGCGGUCCGGGGGCACCGCCGUCAACUGGCAGCCUUCCACCGAAUAUUAUGAAUAUUUUGCACCAGCAGACUGGUGGACAAGGUCCGCCACCCCCUAGCGGAUUAGGCCAGCCACCUCCUACUCUGCCGUCCUACGGCGGGGCUCCCCCGCCGCCAACUGGCUCUGCACCGCUUCCUCCUCACGUUCCAGGGGCACCGCCUGUCCCCGGUGGAGGUCCAGGAUAUGCGAACCUAAUGGCCUAUUUGCAAACACAGGCUGCAGCCGUGAAGCGACUAUAAGGAUAUCUAUGCACUCAUAUCUUGAAAUCCCGUCAGCAUGAGUUCUGCAACUCAUAGCCAACGAACGGAUCAUGCAUCAUUCGCGACAAACGUCGGUUAUACGUUAUGGAUGGUAUGACCCGAUAUACGACAUCCUCGACACUGGAUAGCGGCCGGACGACUAUCGGUUCGUAGGAUACUCUUACAUUCCGGUAUGUAUCGUCGCGUAGGGCACGGAUUGUACAGGGCGAUAACGUUAUUCGAGUACUAGUUCUAUCUAUCAAGCAUGUGUGUAUAUUGUGGAUGCUAACGAUGACCAAAAGCUACGGCAUUCGCUGAGGAUUGGUGCCGUGGCCGUAUUUUGUAGGGCAGUGCAUUGUGCUGGAUGGUGCACUCACCGAAAUUUAGCCAUUCU